AUGAAUCAACUGAGGUUAUUGUUGUUAGGUCCUCCUGGUGCCGGAAAGGGCACUCAGACUUCAAAACUGUUAGCACAAUUUCCUCAAUUGAAAGCUAUUUCCUCAGGUGAUAUUCUACGUCAACAUAUCAAAAACGGCACAAGAAUUGGUACUUUAACAGCACAAUUCAUCAAACAGGGGAAAUUGGUUCCCAAUGAACUGAUCACUAAACUAGUCUUUAAACAUCUUUCCACUUUAAAUGACGGUUGGAUUCUCGAUGGGUUUCCCAGAACAUUGAUCCAAGCACAAAAUUUGUCUCAAUAUCUGAAUCCACUAGGCAAAGAUAUCAAUUUAGUUAUAGAGUUGGACGUUCCAGAGAGUGUUAUCCUAUCCAGAAUUGAGGAAAGAUGGGUACAUUUGCAGAGUGGAAGGACCUAUAAUGAUACCUAUAACGCACCUAAGACUCCCGGAGUAGAUGACAUUACUGGAGAACCUCUAGUUAGGCGUUCUGAUGAUAACAAAUUGGCUAUGCAAACAAGAAUAAGAGAAUACAAAGCCACUAUAGCCCCAUUGAGACAGUUUUACAAAAAUAAAGGACUUUUAAGUGUCAUCUCUGGGGAUUCAUCUGAUGAGAUCUAUCCUCUCUUGCUGGAUACUGUUUUAGAAGUGUCACGUGCACAGGAGACCCAAAUUUGA